GGCAGAGGGUGCAGGAAUUUGCCUUCGAACGCACUCGUAGAUUGCGUCAAAUUUGACCGCGCCUGCACUACCGCGCCCUAGGAAGUCAUCCGCUGCACGGUCCGCACGGGACACUCGAUUAUGGCCGGCAAAGAAACAGAUCGACCCUACUUGACGAUGUCGGGCGGCAGCUGCAACGUGGACCAGGGUGCAAGCAGUGUAGCCACUGAUAUUGACUUUGGCAGAGUUCCAGAAGAAACCAGAGAAGCAGCGUCGAACCAGCGAGAGAACCAGGCGGCCAACAGAAUCCUACAGUGCCAUGCGUGCCGGUUCGCUUUCACCGACAUGAAGGCCUUCAAAAACCACGCCUGUGGCCACUCGCUUGAGAUAACCCACAACUGCUCCGAUUGUGGGAAACUGUUUAAGACACCUUGGAGCCUCGCGAGGCAUUUACGUACGCACGGCGAAAAAUCCUUUGAAUGCGGCGUGUGCGGCAAAACAUUUUAUACCAAAGAUGGCCACGAGACCCACAUGCUUCUAUUCCACGUAGGCGCACAGGACUGAGGAGCCGUCGAAGGGUCCGCUUAACACGGUAGCACACACCACGAAAUUGGUCCAGCACGUCGGGAAGCACAGUCGCAGGUUUCGCAUCUGCGUCGGUGUAGCCGGAUGUUCGCCCGCGAGGAGUGACUUCUCUGGAUGUCACCCUGGCGCCAAGACGUGUCUUGUGCCUUCGCAGAAAGACUUGCGGUCUGGGCCUCAACUGUUGUAGCUGUGCGCUGACUUCUUGACAAACUAAAGGGGGCUAAUCUUAUUCUUUCUGACUACGCCUGAAGAAUGCCUGCGAAUAAAAUUCUUACAGUGGUUAUCUCGAGGAACACUGUACGCCAGCUCUGUGGUUUUCUUCGAAGAACGCAUCCGUUCUUCGCGAUCCUGUAGCCGUGGUUAAAAUAGGUUUGGUUAAAAUAAAAAGGUAAAAAUAAAAAGGUAGCGAGAUA